AUGUCACCAUUAGGUCGUUAUGGACGAACGAAUGAACCUAGUUGUUCACGCAACAACACUCAUAGUUGUGAUUCAGGCCCAGCUCAUGUUGGUCCACAAGAGAAGAGAUUUGUUCGUCGGAGUGAUAAACCUAUCAUCCGUUAUGGUCCAAUGUUAAUCCGAGAUAGGGAGAAUAUGGCGGAUCUGAGUUACAUCUACAACAACAACACCAUAGAGGUCAUAAUCGGUGGUAGAAGGUUAUGCAUAUCACAUUCAGGAGAUCCAUGGACACCAUUUUCAGGUGUUUCAAGCAAGUCACGUAAUGCUAUUGGGGAGCUUAGAGGAAAGAUGAUCAACCACCAAGCGGGCACACUCCUAACAAGGAUUUCCGACGAUGCGCAUUCAGUGGGAGGAGAUGUUUCCGUCGAUGACGAGGCGCCUACGCUCACCCACGCCCGCCACCCUCCUCCGGAGAAGCGUGAUUUUGGGGCAUUAGAGGCAAUUGAGAUGGUGCCCGAUGGCAGCGUCAAGGACCAGGAGGCCUCGAGCUCCUCGUCUCCACCCGCCGCGGCGAUAGCGAGGGCGGCACGGCCGCCUAGGCCAGUGAGCUUUAAGACUAAGAGGAUCGUGUGGCACCCGCUGAAGCACCGCCGGUUCCGCGUGGGGGCCACCAAGACGAUGGUCGAGGCCUCAUCGUCCGCUCAGGCGGUAAGGGGAGCCAGAGAGGUGGGGGAGGCGACCACGGCGGCGGCGGCCAUGGGGUCGCCCAAGGAGGACGAGAAGGGGCACAUAUGCGGCGGCUGGAAGAGUGAGGAUGGAAGUUUGUAUUGUGGAUAUUCUAGCUUGAGAGGGAGAAGAGCAAGUAUGGAAGACUUCUACGAUAUGAGAUCAUCUAAAAUGGGUGCUAAAAACAUAAACCUUUUUGGAGUAUUUGAUGGACAUGGUGGUUCAUGUGCCGCUGAGUAUCUCAAGGAGCACUUAUUUGAAAAUCUCCUGAAACACCCCUCUUUCAUUACUGAUACAAAAACAGCAAUAAGUGAGAGCUAUACGAAGACUGACUCAGAUUUCUUGGAUGCUGAAACCAAUAUUCAUAGAGAGGAUGGGUCAACUGCAUCAACAGCAAUUUUUGUUGGCAACCAUCUCUAUGUGGCAAAUGUUGGCGAUUCACGGGCUGUAAUAUCGAAGGCGGGCAAAGCUAUUGCGCUCUCUGAUGAUCACAAACCAGACAGAAGCGACGAGCGGGAACGGAUUGAAAAUGCUGGAGGAGUUGUUACAUUUAGUGGAACAUGGAGGGUAGGUGGUGUACUUGCCAUGUCUCGGGCAUUUGGAGAUCGUUUGUUGAAGCCGUUUGUUGUUGCAGAGCCUGAGAUUCAGGAACAAGAAAUAGAUGAUGAAUUGGAGUAUCUGAUUUUGGCUAGUGAUGGCCUGUGGGACGUGGUGUCAAAUGAGCACGCCGUUGCAUUUGUGAAGGAGGAGGUGGGCCCUGAAGCUGCGGCCCGAAAGCUGACACAGAUCGCUUUUGCGCGUGGGAGCACCGACAAUAUAACAUGCAUAGUUGUAGAGUUUCACCGUGCCAAAUAAGUGACCGAGGUUGAUUUUCUUAUUUCUUUUUAGCUUAUUACUAGCACAUAUGCCCGUGCGUUGCAACGGGAUGUGAAUCAAGGCUCGGGGACAUAUGAUCCUAUUCUUCCUUA